CACGUGCGCGUAUUAUCCCCUCGCUCUGCAGUCCGGCCAUCUUUUUUUCUAACGUAAACUCUAUAGUAUCACAAUGUUUCUAUUUUCCAGUCGAAAUUUUCUCAGUAUCUGUCAGACUAUUAAAUAACAUAUUCACAAUGUUAUUUUUUAUUCGCCGUGUGAGAGCGAGCAGUAUUCGUUCUGCAUGGAGUUCGAAAGUAACCGGCGAAAGUUCGCCUGUGUUACACAACCUCAAAUUUAGUUCAAAAGUUGAUCCAGUAAAAUACAUUUCAAUCACGAAAAAAGAAUUUUCAUUGCCUGAUGGAUCAAUGAAAAAGUUUAUAAAAUUUGUCGAAACAGAAGUUGAUAAAGGUCACUCCAGUGACAGUGAGAUUAUUAGUGAAUACGGAUAUGACGAAGUUUCGAGAUUGUUGAAAAGCAGGUCUGAAGUGGAAGAGAGUAUGAGAAGUUUGGAAGAUCUUGUAAACCAAGAUCCUGAGAUGAAAAAAUUGGGUGAAGAGGAGUAUUCGAGUUAUGCGGAUGAACUGGAGAGCCUGGAUGAGGAAUUAUUGAAUUGUUUGUUGCAAAAUAUGGGAAAAGAAAGUUGCAACGACGUUAUAUUGGAGCUAAAAAUAGGUGCAGGUGGUCAAGAAGCAAUGCUGUUUGCCAAAGACUUGCUAGAGAUGUAUAUGGGAUAUUUGGAUUAUUUGGGAUUUAGCCAUGAGGUCAUACACCAGGAUUCAUUGGUAACAACGAGCGGAGCAGGUGGGAUCCGCAAUGCGAGUAUUGCAAUAUCUGGGGACAGAGCUCUUGAGGUUUUGAGACACGAGGCUGGAGUUCACAGAGUUCAAAGAAUUCCAGAGACGGAAAAAUCAGGUCGUAUGCAUACCAGUACCGUGUCGGUGAUGAUAAUACCGCAACCAACUGACAUAGAAGUCAAUAUCGAAGAUAAAGAUUUAAGGAUUGAGACGAAGAGAGCUUCCGGUGCUGGUGGGCAACACGUAAACACAACAGACUCCGCUGUCAGAAUCACUCAUUUGCCCACUGGAAUUUCUGUCGAAUCUCAAAGUGACAGAUCUCAGAUAAAAAAUCGACGUAUCGCACUUCUUCGACUCCGUACCAUCAUUUACGAAAAGCAGCUCAAUGAACAGCGUGAAACUUCAACCAAAUUGAGAAAAAAACAAAUGGGCCUUGGUAAUCGUAAUGAAAAAAUUCGAACUUACAAUUUCAACCAAGACCGCAUCACGGAUCACAGAAUUUCUGAUGGCACGAUGCACAAUUUAAAAAGAUUCUUAGAGGGUGGAUGUGAUUUGGAAGAACUACAAAUAAAAUUACAGAAAGCUUUGCAAAUGAAAAUGUUACAAGACAUCGUUAGAAAAGUCAUCAAUGAAAAGUAGUAUCGCAUUGUUUUAGAAAUUCUCUGUGUACAUAAAUGACAGUUUUGUAAAUCAAUAAAUUCCAGUAUAUCCUUCA